GUUUGUCUUGUUGUCGAUUACAGGAAAGCUCGUCGUAAGGACAAGGAUGUGAGCGCUGUUACCUCUUCGCAAGAAGAAGCCAAACAAUAUCUCCACUCAGCACUGCUCGAGUGCACAACACCUGAAGACAAAUUGCGUCAAAUCAUUAAUUUGCCCGAAGGUCUCGAUUACAACGAAUGGUUGGCCUCACACACUCUGGCAUUUUUCGAUCACAUAAACCUAUUGUAUGGCACGAUAUCCGAGUUCUGCAGUAUGUCUGGAUGUCCUGAUAUGACCGGCCCUUGCAAUAGAUCUUACCUAUGGAUCGACGAGAAGGGGAAGAGAUGUAAAGUAGCGGCGCCUCAAUAUAUCGAUUAUGUCAUGACUUUUACACAAAAGACUGUUAACGACGAGUUGAUAUUCCCCACUAAAUUUGAUAAAGAGUUUCCGACGACUUUUGAAGCGAUCGUCCGAAAGAUAUUGAAACUAUUAUAUCACGUGUUGUCACAUAUAUAUCACUCGCACUUCAAAGAGAUAGUGCUGUUGAGUCUUCACUCGCAUCUCAAUUGCAUUUUUGCUCAUUUGGUUCUCUUUAACGAUAAAUUUAAACUCAUUGAAGACAAAGAGAUCGAAGUUCUGCACGACUUGGCCAUCGCUCUCAAACUGUUCCCACCGCUGGUCACCGAACAGGUGGUCAAUACGUUGGGCAUCGCGCCCACCAUCGAUAGCUUGGGCUUAGGGACUGAACACAGCUCUCACUUCUCAAUCAACAGUGCAAUUAUGGAUAACAAUAACGGUGUGAUUACCACACAGUGUCGAAGUAUCAGUCCAUUAGUCGAAGCGAAUAACUCUAAAUGUUUGCAAUUCAUGCAAAACGACCGAAAUUCUAGAAAAAUGGCCGACAAUAACGACAAUUGCGUUGAUUUCAGUGCUUUAGAAGUGCCAGAACUGAGUUCAGCCACCAAUCCAUCGAUUAAUGCUAAUCCGUUGUCGAGCGCCGACACCAAUAGUCAAUCAUAUAUUAGUGAAGCCAUGAGUAGCCGGCGUUGCAUAUCCGCCAGUGCUAUCCUCUUGUCCUCAUCUGAUCCUUCCAUUCCAACCACAAUUAGUCGUCGCUCUAAUUCAGACCGAACCACAGGCGGCACCGGUAGGAGUAGUACUGCCUCUUCGCUAUACCGCCGCUUCGAUCACCACAACAGUCACUCAUUGCGGGACAGAUCGCCGAUUGUAGUGAUGAACGCCACUCAACCCGUGUUCGCCGCCUGUGGUUCCCAUCCCUUUCAGUUCCAGUAGAGAUGACACAAACCAAUUGACCACAAGUUAUAUAUAUUGUCUCCGAUGGUUCUCAUCGACGCCUUUCUCUUCGCACUCUCACUCAAAAUUCACACAAAAAUGUUGAUUCAGUGGUCGACUUCUUUGUCGAAUCCAACACUUGUUUACACAAUUAAACUCUUGAUUGCGAUUAACAUUUCACUCAAUUCAAGUGUCAAUUCUAUUGGUUAUCCAAAUAUUAAAUCUUAACUUAAAUAGUGAUACUAUUAUUGACUUUUAUUUGAGAACUCGUGGAAUUCACUAUUUAGGCAAAGAAAUAUUUUUUGUGUUUUGUUUAAACCCACAGACCAUAAGCUUAAAU